AUGAAGGUGAUCGCAGCCUAUUUGUUGGCACAAUUGGGUGGCAACACUAAUCCUUCAGCUGAUGAUUUAAGGAAAAUCUUGAAUUCUGUUGCCUGUUGUCAAAGGCAAAGAUAUUACUGGAUUAAUUGCCGCUGGCAAACAACAAUUGGCUUCUAUUCUGUGGCUUUUGGAUGUGGUGCUGCUUCUUCUGUUGUCAAUGGUGCUGAAAGUAAUGUUGCUGAAGUUGCUGUUGAAGAGAAAAAGGAGGAGGAAAAGAAAGAAGAGUCUGAUGAAGAAGAUUUUUACUUUAGUCUCUUUGAUUAG